UUCAACGUUUAUUGUGUGUGUGAUGCAGGCGAGAACUCGAUAUUAGCAGGACAAAUCUUUAUAUUGACACAAGAGUUGCCUGGGUGGGUGGUUGGAGGGGGUGUGUGUAAGCUAAAGGUCGUUGCCACAUCACCUGGCGUCAUAAAUGUACCCAGCAUCUCGCCUCGUCACCAGUACACCAGUCAACUUCCCUCUUCUCACAACAGCUCGCUUCGUGCCUCUGCAACCCGCAGCCCGCGUCCUCCGCCGACCAUGGCAGACAUCGACCUCGACUUGAGAUGCCCCAUCUGCCUGAGCACUUUCACCUGCCCCUCGACGCUCAGCUGCGGCCACUCCUUCUGCCUCGCGUGCCUGGAGGACGCGUGGCGGGUCGCGGGGAACCCGACCAGCUGCCCGCAGUGCCGAGCGGUCUUCCCCGUGCGCCCGCAGCUGAAGAUGAGCGUGGCGCUCGCCAGCGUGGUGGAGCGACGGCGGCUGCUGCGGCGAGCCGGGCGUGCGGCGAACACCCCUGGCCGCCCCGUGCCACGCGCGCCCCACCUCGGUGGCCACGUGCUCGGUGGCCACGUGCCGGGCGUGGACGCCGCGGAGGAGCGAAGUUGCGGGAGGUCACCCGGCGGCGGUGGGCGCAGAGGUCACGGAGUCGGCACCGUGGAGGAAGAGGGCGAGGACGAGGCGCGCGAGAAACGAGUGGUCGGAGAGGAGACGCGAGCGGUGGAGGAGCAGAGGGAUGAGGCGGUGGCCACCGUGAGACGGAUGGAGGCCACACGCGAGGACUUGCAGGAUUCCAUCGUCAGGUCCAAGGCUCGCAUCUCGGGCAAGUUCGCCCGCAUGAGGGCGAGGCUGCACGAGGACGAGGAGGCGUUGUUGCGUCGUGCGCACUUGGCGGGGCACAAGCUGCUGGUCCGCGUCGAUGAGAGCAUCGCUCGUUACACGCGGGAGGUCGGCGAGCUCCAGGCGGCGGCCAAUCGCCUGCGGGAUCUCGGGCAGGAGAGCGGCUCGCUCACGGCGCUGCGGGGCCAUAUGAAGAUGAUGCCCAGGUCCCCCCCGCCCACACCCCCACCCAGCGACUUGUCAGCGCUUGAUGACAUGAGCUGGCUGAGUGGAGUUGUGGAGAAGUUCAGGCUCUCCACUCUGUAUGGUUGCUCACCAACUCUGGACCCAAACUUAGCCGAUAACAAACUUCAGAUAUCUUUGGACCUCCACACGAUGACGCGGAAUGGUGGCAGCCAGGCUCAUCCUCAUGGUCACCCACAGAGGAUCGACUGGUACUACGAAGCCCUCUGCUCCGAGAGCUUCUCGUCGGGUCGGCACUACUGGGAGGUGGACGUGGGAGGCCCAGGGUGGUGCCAAGUCGGAGUCGCCUAUCAGAUGUUCCCACGGAAAGGGAGAGGCACUUCGAGCCUCGGCUCCAAUCGCACGUCCUGGAUUUUAUGGAAAAAUGAUGACGGCUGCUCAGCAUGCCAUGGCGGGGUGAAGACCUCGCUGUCCGUGGAGCGGCCUCCCCGCAGAGUCGGGGUCUACCUGGACUGGGACGCGGGGCUGCUGUCAUUCUACCGCACGGACACCGUGGAGACGUUGCACUCGUUCCGGGACGCGUUCGCUCGCCCUCUGCAUCCCGUGCUGUGUUUAGGUGACGACAAGGAAUCGUUGACGAUUCUGGAUCUGAGUCCCGCGUCCGCUCCCCGGGAGUGAGACUGACCUGCCUGCCGU